AUGGCCGCAGGGCCUGCUUUACGCUUUCCCUCCGCUACCCCUCAUACCGGCGACCAUACGCAAGAUUCUUCGGGAACGGGCGGAGGUGAUCCUGGUGGCACCGUAUUGGCCUCAGAGGCCAUGGUUUGCCGAUUUGAUGACACUCCCCAGAUGCCCUCCGUGGAAGAUUCCCCCUCACCAGGUGUCGUUGCACCAGGGGUCCCUUCAACAUCCGGAACCCCAAUGAUAGUGGACUAUCUUUUAGAUGGUUUGGACAAAGGCCUCGCCCCUGCGACCAUACGCAGACAGGUGGCUGCCUUCUCCACAUUACUUACCUGUGCAGAUUCAGUUCCUCUGGCACACCAUCCCAGGAUUCGGGCUUUUCUUAAGGGCGCCUGUAACACUAGACCGCCCGUGGUACACAGAUACCCUUCUUGGGAGUUACCGCUUGUACUUCGGGCUCUUACAAAGCCUCCCUUCGAGCCAAUAAGGACAGUUCCAUUGCGGAACCUCUCGCUUAAGGUUGCGUUCUUGAUAGUGAUCACGGCCAGAUGCAUCUCUGAGUUGGCCGCUUUAUCGGUCAGAAGUGACCUUUGUAUUUUUCAUAGCGAUAGAGUGGUCCUUCGCCUAGAUCCCACGUUUGUUCCCAAAGUUAAUUCGCUUUUCCACAGGACACAGGAAGUCGUCUUGCCCAAUUUUUGCCCCAAUCCUUCCCACGACUUGGAGCGGCAGUGGCACACACUAGACGUCCAUAGGGCGUUGCGGCGUUAUAUUAAACGUACGGAACCUUUUCGUAGGUCAGAGGCCCUAUUUGUUUCCUACCGUCCGGCCUCUUUGGGCCAGAAGGUUUCCUCUGGUACUAUAGGCAGGUGGAUCAGGGCCUGUAUUGCGGAGGCGUACCAGUCUUCAUCCCUGCCGGCUCCUAGACGCAUUACUGCACAUUCCACUCGUAGCGCUGCGACUUCUGCGGCAUGGUCUACCCAGGCGUCCAUUGACGAGAUUUGUAGGGCUGCGACUUGGUCGUCGCCUUCCCCGUUUGUACGUCAUUACAAAAUUGACCGUUUUGCUGCGGCAGAUGCUUCCUUUGGAAGAAGGGUUCUUCAGCAGAAGAAAAGACUAAAGGAAGAUGGUAUAACAGUAUUCAGAUAUGGUUAUCAUAAAGAGGAAGUAGGUCAUUGCAUCAGAAGGCAGAGACAUAAGCAGUUGAUUGAAAGAUUAAAUAUAAGUAAGAUUUUCUUGAUGGUAAAAGCUGUCAACCAGUGGAAUAAGGUGGUUCAUGAAACAUAUUUUCUUCAAACAGCUCCCUCGCAAGUUAGUGGUGUAAUGAAAGAAAAAGUGCUGCAAAGGAGUGUGGAGCUUUCCUGGCAGGAACCUGAGCAUCCCAAUGGAGUCAUCACAGAAUAUGAAAUCAAGUAUUAUGAGAAAGACCAAAGGGAGAGAACUUAUUCAACAGUGAAAACCAGAGCCACUUCUGCUUCGGUUAAUAAUCUGAAACCAGGAACUGUAUAUGUUUUCCAGAUUCGUGCUUUUACUGCUGCUGGCUAUGGAAAUUAUAGCCCUAGAUUAGAUGUUGCUACACUAGAAGAAGCCACAGCCACUGCCGUAUCCAGUGAACAAAAUCCUGUAAUCAUAAUAGCUGUGGUAGCUGUGGCAGGCACAAUCAUCCUGGUUUUCAUGGUGUUUGGCUUCAUCAUUGGGCGAAGACACUGUGGCUAUAGCAAAGCUGACCAAGAAGGAGAUGAAGAACUUUACUUUCAUUUUAAAUUUCCAGGCACCAAAACCUACAUUGACCCUGAAACCUACGAGGAUCCCAAUAGAGCAGUCCAUCAAUUCGCCAAGGAGUUAGAUGCUUCCUGUAUUAAAAUAGAGCGUGUGAUUGGUUCAGGAGAGUUUGGCGAAGUAUGCAGCGGUCGUCUAAAGCUUCCAGGCAAAAGAGAUGUUGCAGUGGCCAUUAAAACCUUAAAAGUGGGCUAUACUGAAAAACAAAGAAGGGAUUUUCUUUGUGAGGCAAGCAUCAUGGGACAGUUUGACCACCCCAAUGUUGUUCAUUUGGAAGGAGUUGUUACCAGAGGAAAACCAGUAAUGAUUGUAAUAGAAUACAUGGAGAAUGGAGCACUGGAUGCAUUUCUCAGGAAACACGAUGGGCAGUUUACAGUAAUUCAGCUGGUUGGGAUGUUGAGAGGAAUUGCUGCUGGAAUGAGAUACUUGGCAGAUAUGGGAUACGUACACAGGGACCUAGCGGCACGCAAUAUUCUGGUCAAUAGCAAUCUUGUUUGCAAAGUAUCGGACUUUGGUCUAUCCAGAGUUAUAGAAGAUGAUCCUGAAGCUGUCUACACCACAACUGGUGGCAAAAUUCCAGUAAGAUGGACAGGUCCAGAAGCCAUACAGUACCGGAAAUUUACAUCAGCAAGUGAUGUAUGGAGUUAUGGAAUAGUCAUGUGGGAAGUGAUGUCUUAUGGAGAGAGGCCUUACUGGGACAUGUCAAAUCAAGAUGUUAUAAAAGCAAUUGAAGAAGGGUAUCGUUUGCCAGCGCCCAUGGACUGCCCAGCAGGCCUUCACCAGCUGAUGCUAGACUGCUGGCAGAAAGAACGUGCAGAAAGGCCAAAAUUUGAACAGAUUGUGGGCAUUUUGGAUAAAAUGAUUCGGAAUCCAAAUAGCUUGAAGACUCCUUUAGGAACCUGUAGUAGACCAAUCAGCCCUCUUCUGGACCAGAACACCCCUGAUUUCACAACAUUUUGCUCUGUAGGGGAAUGGUUGCAAGCAAUCAAGAUGGAAAGAUACAAGGAUAAUUUUUCUGCUGCAGGUUACAAUAACCUUGAGACAGUAGCCAGAAUGACUAUUGAUGACAUAAUGAGCUUAGGAAUCACAUUGGUUGGCCAUCAAAAGAAAAUCAUGAGCAGCAUUCAGACUAUGAGAGCACAAAUGUUACACUUGCAUGGCACUGGCAUCCAAGUGUGAUGAGACAUUUCUCCCUUCCAAGGGAGGAGACGGACUUGAGAGAACAGUGCCAGCCUUCAGUCUCCAUGAAGCGCUGCUAGAAGACACACGAUUUGACAGAGCCUUCAUGCAGGUAACAGAAGGCCCCACCAGAAGCACCUACAGACUUGAACUCCUAAGUGCCACCAGAAAGUUACUUAAAAAGGGAAAACAGACCUACUAAUGGCGGCAACAAAAGAAGUGACAAUAAACAAAGUACUACCUGAAACACCUACGAACACCUUGAACUCUCUAACCUCCUUUUUAUCUAAUGGACUUUUUAAAGUGUACAUAAAGGAUUUUAAAAGAAAGAAUAUAUUUGUCAGAUAAAAAUCAUGAUAUUGUUA